GGCCAUACAUCUGAGAUAUUUUUCUUUUCUUGGGUGGUGGGGGUGGGGUUUGAAGGGAGGAAUUUGUAUUUCCUAUACUUGCAUGUCAAAAUAUUGUCCUUCACGCCUGCCAAGUCAGGUCACAUAGAUAGUUUAUUAUGCAAUUAUUUCUAGACAGACAUAACCUUCUUCUGCAUGUAUAUUUCUUAAUUUACGCAUAUUGUAUGUUUUCUAGUGUUAACUUCUUUGUAAUUAUCGAUGUGGUAAGCAUAUCUUCAGGUCUUAAAUGAGUAUCCACAGGUCCAAUCGAUUUCAGCAUUCAGCAGUAUUUACAAUAACACUGGCAUAUUUGGCAUCCAAGCAACUACUCUAGUGAACUGUUAGCCAUUGCAACGCCUGAAAAAGUUGAACAGGGGCAGCUAGAUCGUGCCAAAUAGUCAAUGAACUCAUCUGUGCUAAUGAAUUUGGAAUCCAGGGUGGUUGCUUCAGAGGACAUAUAGGUCAACUAGUUUUGACAUAUGGUGAAGGGAAACCCGUGGAACAUGUCUUGAAAGCUGCGGACGCUGUAACUCUAGAGGAUAUAGCUUCAAUUGCACAAAAACUUCUCUCUUCUCCAUUGACAAUCGCCUACUUAUCAUGCUCAAUUAGAACCUUAUGAUAUCUGUUUAUCUUGCUUCCUCCCGGAAAAAAGAACUGUUUUAUUAGCUCUCGAUAUAACUAUUUAUUUAUAUACUGUUCUGCAGUUAGACAUGUUCCAAGCUAUGAUUCUGUCAGCAGCAAGUUUAAGUCAAAGUGACCAAUCGCUUCUUUUGAAUCAAACUAGUCUGGCAGACUGGCAUCGAACAUAGGAAUUGCUGUCUUCAAGCCUUGUACGGUCACUCUGAUUUCUGAAAACAAGGAAAAGCAUUAAGUUACUCAGAUCUCUGCUAAAGGAUUGGUUGGAUACAUACGAGAUUACAGGAACGAAGUGAAGCAGUUCGACUCAUCAAGAAAUGCAAGUUUAUUGGAUAGAAAAAACUUGGUUGUUCUUGCACGAAAAAGAAUGACCUUCUCAUUUGAACUUUCAAACCAGCAACAUUCAUGGCUAAAAGCAUAAUGACCAGCACCUCGGCUCGAUACCCAUUGAUGAGAAUUCACAAUACCAAGUUGAUAUCAAGCUUGAAAGAUAGAAGAAGAAGAAGAAGAAGGAGCUUCUAAAACGACGGCGUACAAAGAAGAAUAUCAAAGGGACGUUUGAGCAUGAAGAGCAGUUUAGGGAGCAUCACCAGCUCUGAUCUCAUAGAUGCCAAGCUUGAGGAGCAUCAAAAGUGCGGAUCAAAGCAGUGCCCAGGGUGCGGACACAAGCUUGAAGCCAAGCCGGAUUGGUUAGGUCUACCGGCAGGAGUGAAAUUUGACCCGACAGACCAAGAACUGAUAGAACACCUUGAAGCUAAAGUUGAAGCUAAAAAUGAUAUCAAAUCUCACCCUUUGAUCGAUGAGUUCAUUCCUACAAUUGAAGGUGAAGAUGGGAUUUGCUAUACUCACCCUGAAAAGCUUCCUGGAGUUACAAGAGAUGGGUUGAGUAGGCAUUUCUUCCACAGGCCAUCAAAAGCCUACACCACAGGAACAAGAAAGCGAAGAAAAAUCCAAACGGAAUGCGACUUCCAAGGCGGCGGCGAAACACGGUGGCAUAAGACCGGAAAAACACGACCGGUUAUGGCCAGCGGCCGCCAAAAGGGCUGCAAGAAAAUCCUCGUACUUUACACCAACUUCGGAAAAAAUCGAAAACCCGAAAAAACCAACUGGGUCAUGCACCAAUACCAUUUGGGCCAACACGAGGAGGAGAAAGAAGGCGAGCUUGUCGUUUCUAAGAUAUUUUAUCAGACACAGCCACGUCAGUGUAACUGGUCGUCGGCCGAGAAGGGCAGCGGCGCCGGCGGUAUCGGAGAGGUUACUGGCGACAAUGUUGUUCUUAGUAGUAGGAGGGAGAGUGGGAGCGGGAGUUGUUCGUCUUCUCGGGAAAUGACGACCCCGAGAGACGAAAUGUCUCCCGUGGGCGGCGGAGGCGGCAGUGGCGGUCUUUGUCCUCCGCCACAUAUCGCCGUCACUUACGGCGGAUUGGAUCACAUUCAACAAUUCAAAGCCGACCAUUUUGGGUUUGGUUCCUUCAGGAGAAACUUCGAUGAGGUUGGCAUUGGAGAAGCUUCAACGACGAGAGAAUCCGCUCCGACCGAGGACAUCGGAGACCACCACCGUCACCACCACCUUCAACGGCAACAUCACCAUCCAAUGGCGACAACUGCAUUUCAAAUCACCCGACCUUCAAACCCAAUCUCGACAAUCAUCUGCCCGCCUCCUCUCCACCAUUCAUCAAUCAUUCUCGACCACGACUCGUACCGUGUAUCUCCAUUGAUACUGCAAAACGAAAGCUUUCAGCAACAGCAACAACAUCAUCAUAAGCUAGGAGGGAGGUCUGCUUCUGGUUUGGAAGAACUCAUAAUGGGCUGCACUUCCUCUAAUAUCAAAGAAGAGUCAACCAUGGGAAGCAACGCUCAAGAAGCAGCAGAAUGGAUGAAGUACUCACCUUUCUGGCCUGACCCUGACAACCCAAAUCAUCAUUGAUAGAACCAAAAAGGGACCAAAAAACAAAACACAAAACACAAAACACAAAACACAACACAAAACAAAACACCCAAGUUUCUUCUUCCUUGAAGAGACAGACAGACAGACAGACAGACAACAUUAUUACUUCUCUCUUCGAUUUCUCCUUCGAAACAAAAUAAUCCCAUUUCUUUGUCUUCUUUUUUAUUAAACAAAUUCCAUGCUGGAAAAGAAAAGGGGGGAAAAAGAAAAAGAAGAAAAAAAAAAAAAAAGGGUGCAGCUUUGGAAGGAAAAGGGUGAAUGAAAGCAAGAAAAAUGUAGUCAGAGGCAUCAAAAUCAUCACCGUUAUCAUUACAGUAUCAUCUUCUUCAUCACUUAUUCUUUCUUUAAUUUUGAUUGUUUUUUUUUUCUGUUUUUUUUUUGUUUUGAAAUUCUUGUACAGUUCAUGUUUUUAUGUUUUAUUUUUUUUGGAAUUUACACAGAAAUACACCAGAAAUUGAUAAGCGUUUCUAUCCCAUUGAGGUUGAGGUUCUAUUAUCAUUGAUUGUUUAUGUUGUUAGGAAAGUUGAUAUGCAAUUACAGGUAAAGAUUGAAUUUUUGUUUUUGUAUGUAUCUUCAACUUUAUGAGCACUUUGGAGAAAAUUAAGAUGCUGCAUGCUCCUACUACUA